AAAUUUUAUUCUGCAAAACAAAGAUUUCGAGCAAGACUCUUGUCAACAAAACAUUCCUCUCUUUGCUUACCAAAACAAUAAAGACCAAGUCCUUACUCCAUCUCUGGAUAGAUUUGGUUAAUAUUGCGCUGCAAAGGCAUCAAUUUUUCAGCAUAAACACAUCAGAAACAAAACUUUGUUAUUUCGGCCCCUGUGUUCCCUUUGUGGCCGCAAGCGGUAACCACUCGCUUCUUCAUCCACCUGCUACCACAUGUACUGCAGAGCCCUGAGCCAGUCGCUUCCUUUUGUCGUACCUGGCCUCUCCAAGCCAGUCGGUUGGGACUGUCAACAAGUCACAGCCUAGAUCAUCGCAGUAUUUCUAGCGAAAUAAAGAUAUCACUGAGUUCUCGGAGGAGUAGCUACUCUGUUACCGAACUUCUCUUGAGCUCAUCAACAUCUGCCCGACUAGUAAGAAUAUUCUCAACUUUAUCGACAUUCACUCAAAACAGAACAUUAUUUUCAUUCAAUGGCCCCUGGCUCUCAACUUUCCUAAUUUUCCAAGGAUCAGCUACUAGUCGAUAUCGACCUCCACGAUUACAUCGACACUCAAACCAGGUACCUAAUGCUUCUUGGCGGCGAAGAUAGCAAAUUAUGGAGCCUUUCAACGAGCAUGAGAAGCGACAGCUUCUCACCGAGAUAAUCAAGCACAGCCAAAUCGACAAUCACCAACUGUACAGAUUCAUUGGGGGCUCUAGUGUUGCACCCAACUGGUUUCACCUGGCCCUGCCAAAUGGCCGAACCCUAGCCCAGUGUCAGAUGACUCUCGCGACAAUGGGAAAAGAAGUGUCUGCGCAGGGGAUCAAGCGAAAAGCUCCCGGCGAUGGACCAAGCAAUGAAGCUGGUAACGGUGUUCAGACGCCCGGUUCUCAGGAGCCAGAGGUGCAAGCUCAAUCGGCCACAGUACAAAGUUCUCAUAUGAGCGUACAGCAUCAGUCAGCCAUGCCUAUGAACCAACAACAGUACCAGUAUCAGUCUGGGCCUCCACCUAAGAAGAAGGGCCGCCCAGCCUAUUCAGGUAGAAACGCAAUGGGCCAGCGACCUUUCAACCCUCGACUCCUUGCCCCCAUGCCUGGUCAACAAGUCGUACAGAAUGCACAGUCGUCUUUCCGGCCUAUUGCUCCGGCUCCUCAGCUGCAUUCUGGCACGGCCGCGGCUGUUGGGCCAGUUGUUACCAGUGGCAUGGAUCAGGGGCUUAUGUGUGCACCGGCUGCACAACAGCAGGGCAGAAUGAGACUUCCCACCGUCCGAGUGCGAAUGGCCAUGGAAGAGAUGGCUCGUCAGAGAGGUGACCAACAAGCCCUUAUGGCACUGAGCCGACUUCCUGGGCAAGCACCCAACCACUCUAGAUCAAACAGCGAAGUAGUCCCUGACACUUCGGAGCAGGAAGAAACCGAGAAAGAUCGAUCACGCUCUGUCGAGCCGAUUGAGACAAAGGACGAAACCAGCGCUGCUGAGGAUGAUACACCAGAACAAGCGGAGGGACAGAAGAAUGGCACCCCUGAGCAGAGCAAGGGUCUACGCCGCAGUCAACGCAAAGCUUGA